AUGAACUUUGAAGAAUGUACUGCCGUGGAAUCAUCAUUAACGGAUUUUUCUGAUUACAACGUGCCAUUCUAUAGCGCUCCGGCAACAAUAAUAAUGAGAUCGAUUGUCAAAAGUCCUGACAAGGAGACUGUGGCAGCCUUAGUUAGGCGUGACUCAGUGCUUCAAGAAUAUUGUGUGAAAGCAGCGUUCACUACGGUAUCAUUUCUGCUUCUUUUCCUGCUAGGAGUUGCUCUGUUUAUUAUAAUGUUAGUCAUACUUCUCCUCGUUGUUUUGCGGACAUGGAAACUGAGCUUGGCCAUAUGUCAAUGUAACGCGUGUGGAAUCGGGACGCUUCUAAUUGUCUUUGCGAUAACAUUUAUAAUUCUUGGUAACACGCUAACAUCUGAGUUCGCCGCCAUCAUGUAUGUCAAAAAUUUCGAGGACAAGGACUUGGUCUCGCGACUGUCAAGACAUCAGAGGAGAUCUCUUUGUACUUUAGAUAAAAUCAUAACUAGUGCUGAUCUUUCUGGCUUCGAUGCGGCUGUAAAGGCACAGAGAAAAAUAUCGUCGAGAGUGGAGUCGUUAAUGUUGAGUAAUGGGCUUGAAAAAGUCUUGUUGAAAAAGUCUACGCUGGAUUCUGCCCUGAAAAGUAUUCCACUUCUUCAUCCUGAAAUCAAUAGCAAAUACAAGUCGGAGAUUCAAAGAUUUAUGUCAAAGGAUAUGUCCAAGAGGAAAAUCCUCAAGCACAUAAGGAAAGUCACAGAUGCAUAUUUGGUACAAACCUUAGCAGACAUCCUUCACCCAUUGAAGAAACAAGUUCGAGAGAUUGUUGGUGAAGUCAUUGCUGCUGUGAGACAAGAUCACGCUGAGCUUGUGCUUACCAUCUUUGAAACAACUCUCCUAAUCAAAGUGCACCUAAUGACUAUUAUUGUACUACUCUACCUGAUGGGGAUUAACUUUUGUGUACUGUCCUUCAUUUUCAUCAAAUGGGGACUCUAUAAUGGAUAUACAACAAUGUAUUUGACCAAGGCGAUGUUCGCUAGCCUAGAUGUGGGAGAAAUCUCGAAUGAUGGAACUCAAGGAGAAAACUCUUUUAAUACGUUGACCUUUCUACAGAGAUGUGAAGGCGGUAGUACCUUUGUAGAGGCUUGCGGAAGGAAGCUGGCUAAAAGUGAUAACUCAGCAGUACAAUCGCGACCAACUGAGGUAAAACGAUUCUUUCCCGUCAAAGCGUUUGCGACAUAUCAAACUGCGAUAUCCAACAUGGUGACCGAGACAGAUCAUAUGCAGACGAAUGUUUUGAUGUGGUCUGCAGCAUUUACAGGAGAUGAAAACAGAUCAUCUCAGAAAUUCCUUACGCAUACUGUUCAAGUUUGUGAAGAAUUUAAGAAUGCGCUUAAACAAUUCCUACCGAUGCUCCAACUGCAGCAUAGACAAGUUCAUGAUAUUGUUUCUGAAGAAGGAGACAAUGCCAAGGACUCCUAUGUGAAGUUAAUUAUGAAAAAUAUCAACAGUGGCGGUAAUCAAUGCACAGAUUUACCAUUAGCUUGGUCGCAGUCAUGGUGGUUAUUUUUGAAUAAUUUGGUAGCGCCAGUUCAAGGGCAAUGGUUUAGUUGUGGGUUAGCAGGAAUUCUCUGUUUUGCUUCUUUCCUUGUUUUGCGAUGCGCAGUAAAUCUGCUGUCCAAAAAAGAACAUGAAAGAGCUGUAGAUCGGGGAGAAAGGGAUAGAGAGGAAACGAGCGAUGACUACUCCGAAAAAUCGCCCAAACAGACCUCUUCUAUUUUCAAUCUCAAAGGAGAGAGAGAAACGCGAGGACAAGACAGUAUGUACAAAUCGAAAAAUUCUCCGUUUGAGGAAAGAAGCACGUACAGAGGAGAGCUGAGCGACGCCUCAAAAAGUUGGCAACUUCGAAACUCCGAUAACUCCGGCUACUUCGAUAUACCAAGGACCAAUUAUUAA